AUGGAGAACACUACACUUCUGUAUGAGUAUAACAGAGACGCUCUGGUAGUAGGGCUGCAUAAUGAUACAAAUGGAAACUACAAUUAUGUGAACGAUAACAUGACUCAGAUGGAGUACGAACUUUUAAAGCAGCCUCCGUACAUGAUACUUGUGUACGCGUUGACGUACGGGCUCGUGUUUGUGUUCGGUCUGCUUGGGAACACCUUUGUCGUUGCUGUAAUAUACAGAGAGCCGAGUAUGCGGAACGUGACCAAUUAUUUUAUUUUGAAUAUGGCCGUAGCGGACCUAAUGGUUGUUCUAUUAUGUGUGCCGAUCACGUUUUUAUUAAGUAUAUUCACAGGAUGGAGAUACGGUCAGUUCAUGUGCAAAGUUACGCCGUAUGUAAACAGCGUGGCACAGUGCGCAUCUGUCAACACGCUUGCCGCCAUAGCAAUUGAUAGGUACCUGGCUAUCUGCUACAGUCGGCGCUCAAAAAUCUCGCGCUGUGCUUCUAGAACAACAAUCGCGUCAAUUUGGAUUUACUCAUUGACAGUCAUGAUACCAGUUUUAGUUUAUUACCAGCACUAUUAUCAUCCAGAUCAUCCAAGUGUACCAAUGUGUCAUCAGAUUUGGCCAUCAUACAACCUGCAACGUGGUUACUUUUUGUUGGGUUUGUUUUUCUUGUGUUAUAUCAUUCCUCUGUUAAUGAUCCUCAUCUGUUAUCUACUAAUUGCCGUCAAGGUUUGGAGAAGGAAUGCGCCUGGUGUUCAAACAAAUGGAAGGCUAAUUAUCUAUAAAUCCAAAGUCAAGGUGUUAAAAAUGUUGGCAGUGAUCGUGCUAUUGUUUGCAUUUUCGUGGCUUCCAUUACAUGCUAUUUAUUUGAGACUUUAUUAUGGUCCUCACUAUUUCCCGCCGCAAGAACAGAGUCUAAUCAACGAAAUUAUACUGCCAAUAGCACAGUGGCUUGGCACAUCAAAUUGCGGUAUAAAUCCAAUAAUAUACUGCUUCUUCAGCAAAAAGUAUCGAAGAGAAUUUCGAAAGCUAAUUUAUUGCCGCGCUAUUCGCCUGCAUUUUCAACGUAACCGUCGACCGGCACAGUCCCUCGUCACUCGAUAUGUUAACGUGGAUAGCAUCAGUGUUAACAACGACCAACAUCAUCACAACGCCGUCAAUCAAAUGGAAAAUAGAGUUUCAAGCAAUAAGUACAUGGUGGUUGCUUUUAAUAAUGGCAAGAUGACCGUAUCGUUCCGGAAAGAACAUGGGUCAGACGAUUCUAGUUUCUGA